AUUUUCUUUCACUUUCAUUACAAUUUAAAGUCGUGAAACUUCCUGGGGUAUUUAGCAUAUAGUUAAUUAAUUAAAUAAAGCCUUAAUGUUAUGUUAUAGUUAACUGUGUGUUUUAUUUCUUUUCAUUUCAACACUCCCUGGUAUCUCCACUGUAUAAAAGCUACCCGUAUUGGCGAAACGUGGUCCUCUUCCACUAUAAAUAACAGAGGUGGCGCCCGAGAGAUUUAAAUUUCCUACUGUACGCCAGUAAGGCUAUUUAUUUUUCACUGAACCAAAGAAAAAUAAAUUGAGACUCUUACAAAAUUGGCGCCCGAGCAGGGACUUGAUUGUUUUGAAGAUUAAACCGUCAAAAUACCAGGAAAACCGGGUAAAGCUAGUAAAAGCAAGAAAGCUAUUGAAACAGUGUGAGAGGAGGUGAAAAGAAAGUAACAACCGUCGAGCAUAAGUACCUCUAGAGACAAGUAAAGUCUCAGUGUUUCUGUGUUAAAAGACUAGUGAAAUCUAGAGCGAUAUGGAAACUGAGGAAGAUUUUUUGUCGAUCGGUGCUUCCGUUGAAGGUAACGACGCCGUACCGUCGCUGUCGCAUACAGGUUUGAACCUGGCGCCGUCUGGCACAAGUGCUGAAUCUGAUUUCAGGACAGGGUGGAUUUAUUCCCUGAAGAAGUCUGAAUUAGCCGCACAACUGGUGCGUUUUGGACUGGAUAGUACCGGGACUGUCGAAGAAAUGCGAAGAAGAAUAGUGAGAUUCAUUAGAGAAGGACAGGCGAGUCCACAGCCUGUCGCACAGCCUUUUGGAUUUCCUGGAAAUAGUGCUGUUGUACCGACAGUGAGCUCUACAGCCACCCUGACCACUACGACAGUGACAACUACAGUGACAGCAACCUCGAGUGGAUACAUUGCUGGACGUGUAGUGCCUUCUCCGGUGGUCUAUACUUCUACUUCACAGCCUGUCCCUCUGCCGAUAAAUCCAGGUAUGUCAAAUAGUUUUAAUACUAAUCCUAUACAAGUUUACAAAUGGGGGGUGACAUUUAAUGGUCGCUCGGACCCUGUAACAUUCUUAGAGAGACUGGAAGAAAUUUGUAUAGCACAGAAUAUACAUCCGGAUCGUUUAUUGCCACAUUUGCCAGAAGUUUUGCAAGGAGAAGCUGCGCUCUGGUACCGCAAUAACCGAGUAAAUUACAGGACCUGGGAAGAAUUUACUGGAGAAUUUAAAAUUUUUUAUUAUCCAGUAAAUUAUGAGGUGGACCUAGAGGCGAAGAUAAGUCGUCGAGUGCAAAGACAUAACGAGUCUGUCACGGCGUACAUCACUGAUCUUCAAACGUUGAUCCGCAGACAUGGCAGCAUCUCUCUGAAUCAAGAAUUGCAGUGGUUGUACAGAAAUUUGUUACCUGAAUUUCGUCAGUAUGUCCGAAGAGGAGAUUUUCACGAUAUUUCAUCGUUCUCAAGAAUAACCAAGGAGUUUGAACUGCUUAAUCAGGAACUGCAGCGAUCGUCCCGUACUUAUGCACCGUCCGAUGUCGAAGCCCGACCGAAUAAUACGCCUCGGCGAGACAGGCUGGAAAAUGAGCAUGCUGGAGCCAGGAGCAACCUGAUGGUUAUCCAGAGCCAAUCGCCGUCUCAGAGUAAACAGAGACAUGUGUCUGUUACUCCCCGUGUUUCAAGAUAUCCGUAUAGAGCGCCGAACUCUGCAAAACAGACUUCAGAAGCAAUCUGUUGGAGAUGUGGACAGACAGGACACUUCCGCAGACAGUGCACAUCCGAGCCCAAAAUCUUUUGUUCCCGAUGCAAAAAGACAGGUGUUCUUUCUAGGAAUUGUCCAUGUGUGAGCCCAAGAAAGCGGGAACCAAACCGCACAGAAAUAUCCCAGGAACAACAUUAUUCACCAACGGAGAUUGUUGAAGAAUUACCACAAAUCAUACGUCAAGAAAUUCGUCCUGUUGUGAAGAUUCGCUACCGGAACACCGACUAUUUGGCACUCCUGGAUACUGGAGCUGCCCAUUCCUAUAUUGGAAAGAAAUUGACAGAACAGUGCCAAACUUCCAAGGCAAUUCCUGUCAAACCCACGGUAAAAGGAGCGAGACUUGCUAAUGGUGCCACGGAGUCCAUUAGCACAGCAUUUAGGAUGAAAAUCCAAGUAGGAGAGCAGUCUCUGAAUGAGGUUUUCCACAGUCUAAAAGACUUAGUUUCGGAUAUGAUUAUUGGUAUGGAUAUUCUGGGCAAACAUGACUUCCAGAUUGAUUUACGAACCCGACAGAUCCGAUUGAAUGCUAAGUUGAUCCGAAGCUCCGCCGAAGGUUUACAAGUAAACCCGAAGAAAAAUGUUGAACAAACAACCGAGAAGUUGGGAAAGACCAAUAAUCAAGCAUCCGUUUCUAAAGGCGGUCGCCUUCCGAUAAAAACGAGUCUACAGAGUCCUGUAAGAAGAGUUCCGCAGACGAUCAAACUAACAAGUUUUCUGACUCAAAGAUAUGUGGAACACUCGGCGUGCGAUCACAAGAUUGCAAGUGUAGAUGUAUACCUUCCCGUUCAAAUCACACCGAAUCCUGGGCUGAUGGAUGUUGGUCAAGAGGAAGAUCAACAGGCAUCUAAACAGAUAGAUCUACGUCGUUGGACCAUGAGGGACUCACCGAAGUUCUCAACUCCGCUGGACCACGAGGGACUCACCGAAGCCUUCAACGCCGCUGGACAACGAGAGACUCACCGAAGCUUUCAACACCGCUGGACAACGAGGGACUCACCGAAGCUUUCAACACCGCUGGACAACGAGGGACCCACCGAAGCUUUCAACACCGCUGGACAACGAGGGACUCACCGAAGCCGCAAACACCGUUGGAGCAAGCUCGACACGUCGAAGCUCUACACACCGCCGAAGGAAGAUCUUCAAGUUGAAGAAGACCGAAGAUAUUGCGUAAUUUAG